CACGUGACUAAUUAAUUAGAUUUCAGUUUAUUGUUAUUUAUAAUCAAUAAACAAUAUACAGUAUUAGCACAAGUACAAGUGAAUGGCGGCUACGAACUGCUCGGACUUCUAUUGGAAUAAGAGCCAUGUAUCGGGAUCGGCCCUACACAACCUCACAAGCUGGUGUCCUAACAGUUCGAUGAGGCUUGAGGAUGCGCUAGGCUCCCCGGCUACCUUCCUUAUCCAGCUAGUUCGUCUGUCAGUCUCACUAGCCGUCCUUACUCUAGUGUCAGUCAUGUACAACUGUGUUAAUGUACUGGACCGUAACGUUCUGAGCACUGCUACGUGUUCUCUCUACUGGAUUAUAUAUCUAUCCUUAACUGCCGUCAAGGCUAUAUCAUUAAUGAUCUUUGUUCCGGUAGCUACUACUGUAACAGAGGAUCGAUAUACGGUUAACUUGGUAGGGUUUGUUCUAACCAGCCUUGUUCAAACAGGACUAACCUAUGUUCUCUUCAUGGCUCUGGACCAUGAGAGAAAAUACAGAUCACCAGAUUUUGCAACUUUCGACUGUCCCACUAAUCGAUGCUGUGUCGGGUUGAGACCAAGUCGCCUGGUGUGCUCAAAGUGGCGAGUGGUGGUACUACUACUAGCCUUGCUACCAGUCGCUCUAUUAGUGGCCUUGGAGGUCACAUUAUCUACCCAGAGUAGUAGUCAGCACGAGGCUCCAGCUGCACUGGCAUGGGUGUAUAUGGUGUCAACACUCAGUGUGAGAGCGGUGGUCCUGGCAACAAUAGUGUACAUUGUCCUCUUCACUAAAGGCAAUUGUGAACCCACUACCAUAGCAAAGGUGUAUCUGGUGUUGGCUGCAGUCCUCUCGCUGCUGGAGGAUAUCCCCAACUCGUUAUUAACUGUCUCAGUGCAUCAACCUAGUUCCUGUUCAGACUUGGGUUCAUGUCCGCUGGGGGUCAUGACGGGGUAUGACCUGGCUCAGCUGCUUGGAGCGUUUUCUCUCGUGUUGUACGCACUCUUCGUGAGGUCACAAUACUUGCGGAUAGAAGAGGAGUGCAAACUUGUUCUGAUAUGGGAUAUGCAGAAACUGUUACAAGUGAACGGUCGAAAAGACUCCAUUAGACACUACACUUAGCACUAACUUUAUUUGUGUUUGUAGCAUUUUUUUUAUCAUUUAUUAUUAUUUUUUUUAUUAAUGUGAAAUUAUUGUGGUGUGUUGUAUUAUUAUUGCACUAGUGAA